AGCCGAGAAGGGAGUUUUAGUCAUAAUGCUGUGGGAUCAGGGAAGGAGCCGGUGAAGACUGGGGUGGGCUCGGCGUGUGGGGGAUCCGCUGGGGUCCAAGGGCAGAACGCAGCGGUUCUGGAGUUGUCGCGUUCGUGCCGUGCCGGGGGCAGCGCGGGCGGGGCUCGCUCCCGGCGGGCCGAGCCCUGGAGGCGGCUGCGAGUGGGACCCCGGCUCCAGCCCCGGCGGCUCCGGAGAGCCGGGCACUCCCCGGGGCUUGGGGUUCAACAGAUCCACCCUGAAACUCGCCCUGAAGUAUUUAUGAACACAAAGGGUGACCCUGAUCAAUGCUGUUAGUGCACUGAUGGAUUUAACAGGUUGCCCAGAGAAGCUGUUGCUGCCCCAUCUCUGGAAGUCCCCACGGCCAGGCUGGACAGGGUUUGGGGCACCCUGGGGUGGUGGGGCUAGAGCUAGCCCUUGGCAGGGGCUAGAACGAGGUGGGCUUUAAGGUCCCUUCCAAACCAUUCUGUGAUUCCAUGUUUUCAAGUCAGCUUCAAGGUGAACCAAGUAUAUUCUCUGGGUCACUUGGCUGAACUUCUCCAAGCAGUAAAAUUGGUCUGUCGAUGGUGAGAAGGUGCUUGUGUUGAUGGCACCACUUAUCUGGUGGGGCUGAUGACAGCCAGCCUCUGUUCAGGGAAAAUACAGCUGCAGACUUCACUCAAGGCAGACUGAAACAGUUUGCUGGUGCUUUGUUGCACUGUCGAGUGAGCUGUUGCCUGGCUCUGCUCUUGAUUUAUGUGUUGAACUGAAGCAUGGGGUCCUUAGCAGAAGAAGGAUGUGAAUUUGUUGAAGUAGGUCCAGAGGAGCCCAUGGAGAUGCCCCAAGGGCUGGAGCCCCUCUGCUCUGGAGCCAGGCUGGCAGAGCUGGGGGUGCUCACCUGCAGAGGAGAAGGCUCCAGGGACACCUCAGAGCCCCUGCCAGGGCCUAAAAGGGCUCCAGGAGAGCUGAGAGGGACUGGGGACAAGGCAUGGAGGGUGAUGAGGCCCUUGCACAGGGUGCCCAGAGGAGCUGUGGCUGCUCCAUCCCUGGAAAUGUUCAAGGUCAGGUGGGAUGGGGCUUGGAGCAGCCUGGGACAGUGGAACGUGUCCCUGUCCAAUGCGUGGGGGGGAAACAGGAUAGGCUUUAAGGUCCCUUCCAACCCAGAUCAUUCCAGGAUUCUGUGUCUCCCACUCUUAAAUUGUGUUUGAGAAUUGAAAUAUUUCCUACACUGGAUGGUUAAAUGGAUGUGGUAUGACUUCCUGUGGAGUAGUAAGGUGGAGAAUGAGGGGUUUACUUCAGGAAUGCUUAUCUCCUGCUGCAGGCUGGCAAAUAUCAGGGAGUUAAUGUAUUGCUGUGCAUAAAAGUUCCAUGGUGAUUCUUUGGUGAGGAAAUUACUUUAUGAGAUGGAUGUGUGGAAAUAUUUGGCGUGGAGCUUGUUGUGAUAUGCACAUGGAAGAGAAACAGCUCUGAGAGCAGAGUGCUGGACACUGUUCCGUUUCCUUCUUCCCCUCAGCCAAAAAGACUUCUUCAUCGUGUGGUCAGGAACGUAUAAAUGUUGUUGUUUGGGUGCUUGUGUUGCUUGUCUUUGGUUUUGAUCCUUGCCAGGACUCCAGGUACCUCUGGAGCAGUGCCCAGGCUCCACCUCAGCACAGGACCUGCACCCUCCAUGCUGCUUCACCUGCUCCAGAGGUGUUUCUCAGGGGCAAGAUUAAGUCCUGCCUGAGCAGAUGUCUGCUUCUAAAAAAUGGACUUACAGCAGAAGUCCCCGUUGCUUUGAGAAGCACAAUGACCAUUUCACAGCUCUGUUUGCAGGAGAGGGCAUAGAAGGUCUGCUGCCACUGCACUCUGCCAAGGUGUGUGGUAAAAAUGGUGCAGAAAUACCAGUCCCCAGUUCGAGUCUACAAAUACCCUUUUGAGCUCGUCAUGGCAGCCUAUGAGAAACGCUUUCCUACAUGCCCAGAGAUCCCAGUCUUCCUGGGGAGUGAAAUCCUGCACGAAUCCAGGAGUGAGGAUGGGGCCAUCCAUGUCAUUGAGCGUAGCUGCAAGCUGAAUGUGGAUGCUCCCAGGCUGCUGAAGAAGAUUGCAGGGGUGGAGCACGUCUUCUUCAUCCAGAAGAACACGGUGAACUGGAGGGAGAGGACGCUGCGCAUCGAAGCCCACAACGAGACCUUUGCCAACCGUGUGGUGGUCAGGGAGACCUGCAGCUACUCAGUUCACCCUGAGAACGAGGAGUGGACCUGCUUUGAGCAGUCAGCCUCUCUUGACAUCAAAUCCUUCUUUGGCUUUGAAAGCACCGUGGAAAAAAUUGCCAUGAAGCAGUACACCUCCAACAUCAAACGGGGCAAGGAGGUGAUUGAGCACUACCUGAAGGAGCUGAUCUCGCAGGGGAUCACGUUCAUCCCGCGCUGGAGCCCUCCCGGGCCGGAGGAGGAGCGGGGCCGGGCCCCCGGGGCCCCCGCGCUGGAGCCCGGCGCUGCCGGCAGCAGCAGGGAGCCGCCUGCCAGCCCCUGCCCGCCCCCCGAGGCCGCCAGCCCUGACGCUGACAAGCUGGACGCUGACUACAUCGAGCGCUACCUGGGCCAGCUCAGCCCGAUGCAGGAGAGCUGCCUGAUCCGCCUGCGCCAGUGGCUCCAGGAGACUCACAAGGGAAAGAUCCCCAAGGACGAGCACAUCCUGCGCUUCCUGCGCGCCCGCGACUUCAACAUCGACAAAGCGCGGGAGAUGCUGUGCCAGUCGCUGGCCUGGCGCAAGCAGUACCAGGUGGAUUUCAUCCUGCAGUCCUGGAGACCCCCGGCCCUGCUGCAGGAGUACUACACUGGGGGGUGGCACUACCAGGACAAAGAUGGGCGGCCGCUCUACAUCCUGCGCCUCGGCCAGAUGGACACCAAGGGUUUGGUGAAGGCCCUGGGAGAGGAAUCCCUGCUGCGACAUGUUCUGUCCAUUAAUGAGGAAGGACAGAAGAGAUGUGAGGAAAACACCAACAUUUUCGGCCGGCCCAUCACAUCCUGGACAUGCCUGGUGGACUUGGAAGGGCUCAAUAUGAGGCACCUCUGGCGGCCUGGGGUGAAGGCCCUGCUCAGGAUCAUUGAGGUGGUGGAGGACAACUACCCUGAGACCCUGGGGAGGCUCCUGAUCGUGAGGGCACCACGGGUCUUCCCUGUGCUCUGGACCCUGGUCAGCCCCUUUAUCAAUGAGAACACACGGCAGAAGUUCCUCAUCUACAGUGGCAAUAACUACCAGGGCUCAGGAGGGCUGGUGGACUAUGUGGACAAGGAUGUGAUCCCAGACUUCCUGGGAGGAGACUGCAUGUGCACUGUCUCAGAAGGGGGGCUCGUGCCCAAGUCCCUGUACCAGACCGAGGACGAGCAGGAGAACUCGGAUCACAUCCGGCUGUGGACAGAAACCAUCUACCACUCUGCAAGUGUCCUCAGAGGAGCCCCACACGAGAUACUCGUGGAGAUCCUGGAAGGGGAAUCUGUCAUCACCUGGGACUUUGACAUCCUGAAGGGAGAUGUGGUGUUCAGCCUCUUCCACUCCAAACGAGCUCCUGAGCCAAGUCACAAAGAAGCCACAUCACCAAGCCCCUCUGGGGCAGGGGACAAUGUGCAGCUCAUUGACAAGACCUGGGUGCUGGGGGUGGAUUACAGCCGGGUGGAAUCUCCCCUGGUCUGCAGGGAAGGAGAGAGCAUCCAGGGCUCCCAUGUCACUCGCUGGCCUGGCUUUUACAUCCUGCAGUGGAGGAUGCACGGGCCCCUGCCCUGCUCCAGCUCCAGCCUGCCCCGUGUGGACGAUGUCCUGGCCUCCCUGCAGGGCUCCAGCCACAAGUGCAAGCUCAUCUACUACUACGAGGUGCUGGCUUCCAAGGACUUCAGGGGAUCCAUGUCCAGCCUGGAAUCUUGCACCAGUGGCUUCUCCCAGCUGAGUGGAGUCACCACAUCUUCCAGCCAGUCCCAGAGCAGCUCCCACCUCUCCAGAUAGCAGAGCCAAGGCUCCAGCAGCAGGGGCACCCUGGGGCUGCUCCAGCCCCAAACCAAAGAGCUCCAGGCCUGGGCCGUGGGGCAGUCACAGCCAUUUGGACACAGAAAGGCCCUGGGGGCUGCUUCCACCACAAAAACUGAAAUUCCAAGGGCAGGUUCAGGAGUUUUGGGUCAGCUGCCUGCUUCUCAGUAGCCUCCUUCAGCACCUGUGGGUCUUGGGUGCCUGUGAGUUUGCAGGAAUCCACUCCCCUCCAAAGGGCUCUUCCCAUGGGUUCCUUUCCAGCAGAGGAGGCUGAUGUUGCCUUACCUGUUGGACCUUUAGAUAAUUCCUGGGUGGCAAAACUAAGGGAAUGUCCUGGCUGCCCACGGGGUGCUGCUUCCACACUGGGCAGUCAAGUGGGCAUGCCAGGGGCAGGGCCUUGGAAGGAACUGCCAACACCUGGGUACAGGCAGGAGGGUUCAGAAAUCACCUCCAGGCCAAACCAAAAACCUCCUCUGGUCUGGCAGGAUGCUCUGGGAAAUGUGUUGGAUUUUUUUAACCCUGCUGAGAAACAAAGUCAAAAUGGUUUUUUUUUAGAAAUUCCAGGCAUUGAAUCUGCCUGCAGUGAGUGGCAUCUUCCAAACUAUUGUUUCUUUUUACUCAGGUUUACAGCAAUAAUGAGCAGGUCUGUCCCAUUCCCGAGUGGAUGGGAACUGAACCCAGUCCUAAAGGGCUAAGAAAAGCAAUAUUUGAUUUCCUGAAGGCACAAGAUUUUCUGGCAGUAUUACAGAACUUGCUUCUUUUAAACAUGAGCUCACUUGAAACCAUUCAGAGAGGCAUGUAUGUAUGUAAGCACUUACUGAAGCCUAUUUAUUCUAUACUAGCUUAUUUUAAAUUAAUUUUUAACUUAUUAUGUCAGAAAUUACUAUUUAUUAAAUACAGUCACCUUUUUUAAUGGGAUGAACUUUGUUUUAGAAAGGAAUAACUGAUUGUCUUCAAUCCCAAGCAAUCUUUCUGCUUGGGUCCUGAUCUUUGUGAUCAAUGGAUGUUCUUGCAAAAGGGCUGCAUUGGGCUAAGGGCUUGUGUCACCUUCCUUGCAAGGAAAGGUGAGAGUCCAGUGCUUUUUUAGACUGUUUUUUAGGAUUAAGAAACAAGGAUUGAGUUCAGGAGUUAUCAUGAACUCCCUACACACCAAAAAUGCCACAUUUGCCCCUCAUCUCUGGUUAUUCUGUAGUCAGGCUGGGAGCAAAGUUAUCCAUGUUCUUGUCCAGGUGAAAAGAAAUGAGAGCACGUGUCAAAUACUCACCACGUUUUUAUUCAGGAAUCUGUGAAGUUGUUCCUUCCCACCCUGAUUUUUUUAAUCACUGGUUUUGAAGUACCAGGCUCUGCCAAAGGAGAAAAGAGCCAAAAUAUUUGGGACAGUGGGAGACAAAGAGCUUGACAUGGUUUUGAGUUGUUUGGUGGGGUUUUUUAAGGAUUGGAGCCAAGGGAAUCACUCUGCACCUUGCAUCUCUCCCUGUGAACAGGUUACUUUGUUAUGUAGAGCUCAGGGAAGUUCUGAUUUCCAAUUCUCAGUUGUUCCACAGACUUUAAUGAUUCUCCCAGACAAAUGAAACUUCUGUCUCUGGCAUUUCAGCAUAACUGGAGUCUGAUAAAGAGGGACAAAUGUAAAUGUAAUUCCCACCUUUCCUCUGAAAGUCAGGAAUUCUGGAAGCAAAAGUGCAUAUGUGUACCCCUCAUGGAAAAUCCUUGACCAGAAUAAAAUCUAAUUCUAGAAACAGUUUCAGACUCCCAAAGCCCCAGCCCUGUCCCCCUGUGCUGGUUCAGGAUUUUACCUUCCCUUCUCACGGGGUUGCUCACAUCCUGCAGUGGCAGCAUUCCUGUUCCCUGGGUUUGCUCUGGGUAAGAAUCUCUUCCUUUGCCCAGGGUUGUUUGGGUUUUUUUUUUUGUAAUUUUGUUUUGAAGUGUGGGAUAUGCUGUUUUCUGCCCACCAGAAGUUUGAUUUUUGUCAGUGAAGCACCUGGAGCUUGGCCCCUGGCAGAUCUCUGAAGGGUGAGGUCAGGGCUGGUUCCACAGAGUGUUCCUGGCUCUGGGGAUGUUCCAAUCCCAGUUUUUCCUCUUGUCCCUUGGCAGUGCCACUCUCUGCCCAUCAGAGGUCAUGCACAGGUUUGUGAGGCAGCUUGUGACCACUCCUUGGCAAGGCUGCAUGAGUUAUCCCACCUGACAAUUUACUUUGAAACCAAUUUAAAUUUUUUUUUUCCUUUUUCUCCUGAAUAUUAACAGGAGAAAGGGAGCAACAGCCUGGAUGCUGUGCUGUGCUUUCUUAACCCUACCUUGUGAACUGCAGGUACCAGAGACACAGAAUUCUCCUACAUCACCUUUUCCCCCCUCAAACAACAUCAGUGUGCUUUAGAAAAUAAACUCAGAGUUUUCUUCAGAGUGAGCUGAGUCUGGGAGGGAUUGUGGAUCUUCAGAAAUCUCCUAAGCCAGAACCUUGGGCAAUGGGCUCAUUUUGGGUGAUGCAGCAAAGCCCUCCCUGCUCCCUCCCCAGCAGUGAGGCUGGUGAGCUCGGGCUGUGUGCAGGGAAGGAGCUGCUGGUUAAAAACUGCUUUCCAGUCAAUUGGGGCUCACCCUGGUCCAGAUCUUCCCUAUGCAAACACAACACCUACCUCAGAGCUGGUGCCAUGUCCCGUGCAGCAGGGAGUGCAGCGUGCUGUGCCAGACCUGGCAGUUCCAUGUGACACCUCCAUUGCCAGAGUUCUCCAGGUUUGCCAUUCCCUGGCUCUGUCCUGGGCUGGAAGGGCAAGCACAGACCUGGGGCUGGAUGUUCGAUGGCUCGGCUGUCGUUCAGGGCAGUCCUGAGCCACGUUUUGCUGCUCUCCGGUGUGGGAAGGGCUCUGUCCCCGCUGGGGGAGGAGGGCUGAGCCCCGGGGGCGGCUCCAGCCCGCAGGUGUCACCACUGCCGUGCCAGGGCAGCUCCCCUGGGCUCUGGGGCUCUCAGGGAGGCACCGCAGCUCUCAGUCGUUCCUCAGCUCCUGAACUCGCUGUUGGAAGCAGAAUUCCCAAGGGUGAGCACACCAGGGAAUCCUGAGUGACAGAGAUGCAGCUGUGCUCCUCUGCUCAGCCACCUCGGUUCUGUUCCUUUAGGACUGUGAAUACCAAUUUGUAAUCCCAGUUUGGUUUCUUGGCAGAACGUUUUGAAAUGCCAUAAUCCAGUGGCAGUUCCCAGUAGGAAGAGGGGAGCCCAGCUGCCCAGCACACGGGGCUGGGGAGCUGCUGGGGCUGAGGCCAACCCUGCUCCAGGCAGGGAAUCCCUCAUUUCAAAAGGCAUUUUGUGAGCUCACACUGCUUUAAUGUCCCAAAUGUUUGUAGUGUGAGCAGUUACUGCAAGGAACAGCUAUUAGAGACUUACUUGACAGCAGCUGUCAAAGAUUCCUGCAUGCAAUUAGCUUUAAUAUUCCUCCAACACCUUUGUGAUGCUCCUUUCAUCUGAUUAUUUCUUUCUUGGAAGGUGAAAUUGGAGUCAAGUCACAUUUGCUGGCUUUUAGUGACACCAACACCCACUUCCAAGAUUUCACUUACACCUAAGUUAAAUGGGCAUUAAUUAAGUUUUUUAGCAGCACUUACUUUCUCUCUUUUGCAGCUGGCUUUGGUUUUAUACACUGAAAUCCUCAUUUUUCUCAGCCAAAAUCCUCAAACCUCCUGUAAAAGCCCACUGCAGGGCACUGAAAUAACAAACAGAUGUUCUCCUAUGAUGGUGUCUGUGUGUCCUGGUAGAGCUGUACUUUUGGGUAUGUGGGAAAUAAAACAUCUCUGAGUA